AUGUGAGUGUCCUUCUUGGAAAUGGAAAUGGUUCUUUUGAAAAACAAACAAGGUAUUCAGCUGGCUCUUGGCCACAAUUUGUAGUUGUUGGUGAUUUCAACAACGACACUCGACUAGAUAUCGUUGUCGCCAAUUGGGAUAGCAAUGAUGUGAGUGUUCUUCUUGGAAAUGGAAAUGAUUCUUUUGAAAAUCAAACCAGGUAUUCAGUUGGCGAUUCUCCAACAUCUGUAGUUGUUGGUGAUUUCAACAACGACACUCGACUAGAUAUCGUUGUCGCCAAUGUGAAUAGCAAUGAUGUGAGUGUCCUUCUUGGAAAUGGAAAUGGUUCUUUUGAAAAACAAGCAACGUAUUCAGCUGGCUCUUAUCCAUCAUCUGUAGUUGUUGGUGAUUUCAACAACGACAAUCGACUAGAUAUCGUUGUCGCCAAUGGGGGUAGCAAUGAUGUGAGUGUCCUUCUUGGAAAUGGAAAUGGUUCUUUUGAAAAUCAAGCAAGGUAUUCAGCUGGCUCUGCUCCACAAUCUGUAGUUGUUGGUGAUUUCAACAACGACACUCGACUAGAUAUCGCUGUCGCCAAUUCGGAUAGCAAUGAUGUGAGUGUCCUUCUUGGAAAUGGAAAUGGUUCUUUUGAAAAUCAAGCAAGGUAUUCAGCUGGCUCUGCUCCAUCAUCUGUAGUUGUUGGUGAUUUCAACAAUGACACUCGACUAGAUAUCGUUGUCGCCAAUGCGAAAAGCAAUGCUGUGAGUGUCCUUCUUGGAAAUGGAAACGGUUCUUUUGAAAAUGAAACAAGGUAUUCAGCUGGCUAUUCUCCACGAUCUGUAGUUGUUGGUGAUUUCAACAACGACACUUGGCUAGAUAUCGUUGUCGCCAAUGGGGGUAGCCAUGAUGUGAGUGUGCUGCUGCAAUAUAAAAGAGGAGCGAUAACAUAUAAAAUGGCGUAUGCAUCUGGCGGUGGAUCUAACCUACAAUGCGUAGUGAUUAGUGAUUUGAACAAUGAUGCUAACCUGGAUAUCAUCUUAGCUAAUUAUGGCACUAAUAAUAUCGGCGUCCUUUUUGGAUAUGGAACUAGUAGUUUUGAAAACCAAAUGAUGCUCAGCACUGGCGCGAAUUCUCAUCCGAUUUCCAUCGCGGUUGGGGACUUCAAUGGUGACCGCGAAGUGGAUAUUGCUUUAGCCAAUAAUGGUACCAAGCAUGCAGAUAUGAUGCUUGGAAAUGGGAAGGGAAAAUUUACAAUUCAAAAAAGUUAUGAAAUUGAUUUUGAUUCACCUCCGUUAGAUAUGGCUUCUGGUGAUUUUAAUAAUGACAAACGAUCGGAGAU